AUGGAAUCGUCACCAUCAUCGUCAUCGCCAUCGUUACUAAUCGAAUGCAAUUCUUGCACCCAGUCGUUCCCCACGGUGCAACUUCUUAAACAGCAUGUCAGCGACACUCAUGACCAUGAUGUUGCAAAAUUAUGUGAGGUUUGUGCCGACAUGCUGAAAAAUUCUGCCGACCUGUCCGCCCACAUGCGAAGCUGUCACAAUUCAUCCCCUCCCCGAGAAGAUGGUGACGCCACGGAACGUCCCCGAGUAGAAUGUGACAUCUGUCAUGAAAAAUUCAAGUCUGCCAACGACCUACGCCUACAUGUCGAAAACUUGCACACCGGCACGUCACAACCUCGCCACAUCUGCACAUUUCCUGACUGUGAAAAGAUAUUCUUCACAAAGUUUGACGUCAUACAGCACGAGAAUCAGGAUCAUAAAGAGGACCCUGCACGAUUUAAGCCCCCGCUGUCAGGAGAAGGAAAUCGUCACUUGUGCACAUUUUGUGACGAGAAGUUCUCCACGUGGAUCUUUUUGGAGAAACAUGUCAAAGCGAAACACUCUGCAAAUGAUGAGCGACACCAUUCCUGCACAUUACCCCGCUGUGAGAAAACGUUCCCUUGUAGUAUUACCUGCAUGCUGCACGAGAUUAAUGAUCAUCUUCAAGACAAAACCUGCGAUCGCUGUCCGGAGAUCUUCUUGACAAAACCUGGGACACGGUUCCAUCUCCAAACUGCCCAUGAGAUAGGGGGAAGUCGUCACUUGUGCACAUUUUGCGACAAGAGGUUCUACACAUGGAACCGUUUGAAGAAACAUGUCGAAACGAGACACUCGGAACAUAAGGAGCCACUCUUAUCCUGCAAAUGCGGAUACAAGACGAGUGUCAAGGCCCGAUUUGAGAGUCACUGUAAACGGAAACAUGGCAUCGGGGGGGAGAAGGGGUACGAGUGCUAUUUCUGUGGCAAGAAAUUCUUCACAUUUUACGAAUUGAAUAGCCACUGUGGGCGAAAGCAUACCAUGGAGAAACAAUUGUGA